AUUUAGGUUGCAUGGUAUCUCCGUAUCCCUCUCUUCCCUCUUUUUAUUUUAUUUUAUUUUUUUUUUAUUUCCCUUGGGUUAUUUCCUCGAACUUUAUUUCUCUGGUUGCCCUGCCACGUGUGUGUGUCUCGAGGCAGCUGGGUGUGCGUCCUUGUAUUACGUGUAGAGGCAGAGCCAUCUCGAGGCGAGCGGACAUGACAGGUCACUAUGCUUGAAUUUUAUUCUCCCGGUCGAACGUGAUUGGUCUGCAUAAGCACUCGCUGUGUCAUGGCCUCGAGUGGUGGGCGAACUAAGGCGAGGAAAAAUUAUCCUUGUGCAGAUGGGACGGUUUUUUGGUCUCGUCUAGGUAAGAUGUUUAUUUUCCUUGCCUGGGUAGGACCUUGUACAUAGGUUUACUCGCAUUUACUAGUUGCGGGGCGCGAAGCAUA